GAAUGCGAAUGACGACAUAGGCGGCCCACAUCAAAGAUCAAAACAAAAAUCGUCUCGAACGUGAAACAUAACCCCACAGUGGUCCUGUAUUGGUAUUGUUUAUCCGUAAUCUUUUAAACAACCCGCACGAUAUGUACUAUUCUUGUUUUCAAUUGUAAUAAUUCAUGCAGAUACAGAUUACGGCUACGAUAAUAAUUACUGUAAACAAAUUUUUAGCAUAAAGGAGUAGCCUAGGCCUAGUAUAACGUUCUCUUUGACAUCGUCCAAAAAGCCGGAUUGAAAGUCAAUUUAAAUUAAUCUAAUUGAAGCAACAUGUUUAUAAGCAGUGCCAUUGAUGAGAUAAAACGCAUGAACAAGCGACAGUUCCUGUAUCAGGUUCUGAGCUUUGGUAUGAUAGUGUCUUCGGCUCUGAUGAUCUGGAAGGGUCUGAUGGUGGUCACUGGCAGUGAGAGUCCCAUCGUAGUUGUGCUCAGUGGCAGCAUGGAGCCUGCGUUUCACAGAGGUGAUCUACUCUUCCUCACAAACUACCAAGAAGAGCCCGUCAGAGUUGGAGAGAUCACUGUCUUUAAAGUGGAGGGUCGUGAUAUUCCAAUUGUGCAUCGAGUGAUCAAACUCCACGAAAAGGAGAAUGGAACUGUCAAGUUUUUGACCAAAGGAGACAACAACAGUGUUGAUGAUAGAGGUUUGUACGCUCCAGGACAAUUAUGGCUCACCAAGAAAGAUGUAGUUGGCAGGGCCCGAGGCUUCCUGCCUUACAUCGGAAUGGUUACUAUAUAUAUGAAUGAAUAUCCCAAGUUCAAAUACGCAGUGUUGGCGGGAUUAGGACUUUAUGUUCUUGUACAUCGAGAGUAACUUUUCAGCAAGAAACAUUGGUGGUUUCAGUCUACAGAUCUGGAAAUAUUUGUGCAUGUUUGACAGUUUCAUUCAAGGGUUUAAAUAUUUAUGUUUUAGGAUCAUUUUUCAGUAGUUUUGUUACAAUUUCACUUACUUUCGUAUGUGCACAAACAAUGUUUAGUCUUUUCUUGGCCUGUUAAGUCCUUUUAUCAGACCAAGUUGAAAUUUGUAUUUUUUUAAGUAGGCCUACGGGAGGCUUAUCCUCUAUUUUAUUAAAUUUUACAGUAUUACGAAAGUGUUCUGUUUUUAUAACAAUGAUUUUGAAAAUAUUUAGAUUUUGUAUAACUUAUAGAGUUUAUAUCUGAAAUUUAAGAGACAAGUUGUUGUAAUUUAAUGUGAGGAAUCAAAAUUUUCACAAAUAAUAAGAUCUUCUAACAUUCUUAUCAUAAUCAUACUAUACUAUUCUAGGUAGGCCUAUUUAUUGUUACUACUGUACCGUCAAAUUAUGUUAGCUUAAUUUAGGAGGUUAAUAAUUGUGAGAUCUCAUGUUGAUAAGAGAGUCAUCUUUUGUUAUGUAAAAUUUAAUUUAAGGAAAUAUAUGGGUAUUGCUGAUUA